ACCGAGUAGACUGAAAACAAAACUGUACCUAAUAAAAAUUAUUUUCAAUUUAAUAAACGUGUUUCUAUCUAUUUUUUUUUUAAUUCUAGGACCACUUAUCGGCAGCCGACAUGUACAAUGUUUCUUGUGUUUUUGUUGUCUCUCGCUGUGCUAUGCCCUGAGAGUGAAUUUAAGUGUGGCCAUUGUGGCCAUGACGGAUCACAAUUCCACAAAUAGUGAUAUUCCGACUUACCAAUGGGAUGCCAGUGCCAGAUCCUUCCUAUUGAGCAGUUUCUUUUGGGGUUAUAUUGUGACACAAAUUCCCGGUGGCCAUAUAGCCCAAAAAUAUGGUGCCAAAACAUUGCUGCUGAUUGGUGUUACUUUGUGUUCGGUUUUGACCAUUUUAACUCCCUUGGCAGCUGCCAUUGGUGGCAAGCAUUUAUUGUUUGCCUUGCGUGUUGCCCAGGGUCUUUUGCAAGGCUCGGUGCAUCCGGCUACACAUGCCAUGUUGGCCAAAUGGGCACCGGUUGAAGAACGUGGUACAUUGGGCACCUUCUGCUACUCGGGUUCGCAGUUCGGUACUGUUGUUAUGUUGGCUGUGAGUGGUUAUAUUGCUGAUUCCGCCCUUGGCUGGCCGGGUAUUUUCUAUAUCUCUGGUGCCAUGGGUUUUGUAUGGGCCAUUUGCUGGUACUUCUUUGCCGCCAGUACCCCAGCCGAGCACAAGAGCAUAUCACCGGAGGAGAAGAAAAUGAUUGAAAACUCAUUGGGCCAGGUUGAUAGUACACCAAAGGUCAAUGGUCCCACACCGUGGUUGCAGAUAUUCAGAUCACCACCUUUCAUCUCGUUGAUUGUUGUCCACUGCACACACAUGUGGGGCUUCUGGACGCUGCUGACGCAAAUUCCAAGUUACAUGAAAGACAUUAUGGGCAUUGAUAUUAAAAAUAGUGCCUUGUUGUCAUCUCUACCCUAUGCUGUGAUGUUGGUGCUGUCCUUCUUCUUUAUCUAUCUGUCCAAGUUGUUGAGCAAAAAGCAAAGCAUUUCAUUGUCCUUCAGCCGGAAAUUCUUUAACUCAAUUGGUCAUUGGAUCCCAAUGAUUUCAUUGAUUGCCUUGGGUUAUGUUACCAAAGAACAUGCCACAUUGGCGGUGGUAUUAUUGACGCUGACUGUGGGCAUUAGUGCUGCCACAUAUCUCGGCUUCCAGGUGAAUCAUAUUGAUUUGUCGCCGAACUAUGCUGGUACUUUGAUGGGCAUUACCAAUGGUUCGGCUAAUGUGAUGAGUGCAUUGGCUCCACUGUGUGUGGGUUUGGUGGUAACUGAUGUGACAAAUGUUGAUGAGUGGCGUAUGGUGUUCUUCAUUGCUGCUGGUUUCUAUUUCUUUGGCAAUUUGUUAUUUGUCAUCUUGGGCAAGACCAAUGUCCAAAGUUGGAAUUCACCCGAAGAUGCUCUGGCCAAACGUCUCAGCAUUAUCAUUGAUCCUGAAACACCUGCUCUCCUCCUGAAUGGUGCCCAUGAAGUUAAACCUGUCAUCAAGGAAAAUGGCAAUCAAUAACCCUUAAUGGUACGAGG